AUGUUUCUUGCGAACGCCAAUAACACCAGUUACAAGGACCCAAAUCAUGCAUGUUCUACACCCAUUAUUGGACACAGUUUACAGAUACCGCAAAAGUUAGAGCGUACGUCACACAAGUGUGAAAUCAUCCUAGAUUUCUUUGUUCACUACAUCAUUAUAGUCUCUGGAUUUCAUUUUAUUGAAGUUACAGUCUUCAAUAGAAAAAACCAAGGUCAGUCUGUAAUGACUUGGGUUCUCCUCUGGUUCUUAUACUCAUUUGUUCAAUGCGAUGACGAAAAAUUAGAUACCCAUUUUGUUGGAGUUCAUCGUAUUCCCGAAUCUGUCUUUCCAGAAAUGCAUUUUGAGGAUCGGCUUCAUAUGUAUUUCAAAAAAAUUGAUACUAAUAGCAAUGGAUUCAUUGAAGACGAUGAAUUAGCAUCAUGGAUCUAUAAAACUUAUGAAUCUUUGGAUCGUGAGCAUGCUGAAAAACAACUUACAAGAUUUGAUGUGAAUGAAGACGGAAAAGUUUCGUUCGAAGAGUAUAUAAAUCAAACGUAUGAAACUUCUGAAGAGGAAUUAAGACAUUCAAAAGACGACAAAUCGUUAAAAUUUAUUUUAGAAUUAUUAAAAGAUGAACGAUUACGUUUCAACUUUGCUGAUAAAGAUAAUGAUGGUUUAUUAUCACUAGAAGAAUUCACUUUAUUCUUACGACCUGAAAAUUAUGAAGAUAUGGCAAAUUAUGAAUUGCAAAAAAGUUUUUCCAGUUUUGAUCAAAAUGGUGAUGGUAUAAUUACGAAAGAUGAGUUUACAAAUUUUUCCUAUCGAGGUGUAUCACAAGAGAAUUAUUUACAUGAACAAUUCAGUAAUCUUGACGUUGAUAAAAAUGACAUACUCAUUCUGGAUGAAUUACGGCCAUGGUUAUUGCCUUGUAAGUUAAUCAUGAUUGUCUUGAGAGGAUGUCGCAAUUCGUAGAUGACAUUCAUUCUACAACAUCAUGCUUUAAACUCACCAUCUUUAAUCUUUUAUUAUCUAAUCCCUGAGUUAACAAAUAUUGGGAUGUAAAAUUUUAUGGGAUGAUACAUGCAAAGGAAGUCUGAUCCUCCGUAACCUGUGUUUUAAGCUUUAAAAGUGGCUGCAAAAUCAGAAGCAACACGAUUAAUGAAUCUCACAGAUUCUAAUCAUGAUGGUAAACUUACAUUAGAAGAAAUCUUGGCUACAUCACAUUCAUGGAAAGAUAGUCAAGUUGUUAAACAUGCGCGGUCAUUAUGGGAUGAAUUGUAGAGUUGUUUUUAUCAAACUGUAUAAACGUUUUAUGCAUAAACCUCUGAUAUUAGAUGGUGGUAACUUUCUCUUAUGAUGACAUCUUAGUUUAUGGCUUCUAAUCUAAUAAUCUUAUAUCGAUUUAAUUGUUAGACAAAAUGUAUUUUCAUCUAUUUAAUUUGAUAACAUUCCUCAUUAUUUUGUUUACUUGUCUGUGAUUAACUUAAUGGAAUUUCACAAACUGUGUAGUUUUUAUUUUGUAUGCCUAUAUAUUUAAAAUCAAGUGAUAUGAGUUCCAUACUUUAACUAGAAUCGGUAUGAUUAUGGGCAAUAUAUAUGUAAUAAUAAAUUGAACUACUUUGACUAAAUACCAG